AACGAUGAAUAUGUGUCAGUGUCACACUGAUGACGUGUACGUACGGGUCCUUCUGACUUCCGGGUCUGGAUAAAUAGACUGCAACGGAGCCGCCUCACCUAAAAGAUGUCCAAAGUAACGUUUAAAAUCACCCUGACGUCGGACCCCCGGCUGCCAUACAAAGUAUUAAGUGUCCCAGAAAGCACACCUUUCACAGCGGUUUUAAAGUUUGCAGCUGAAGAGUUCAAAGUGCCAUCAGCAACCAGUGCCAUUAUAACAAAUGAUGGAAUAGGAAUCAACCCUGCCCAGACUGCAGGGAACGUGUUUCUAAAGCACGGCUCGGAGCUCCGCAUCAUUCCCAGAGACAGAGUGGGAGGACAAGGAGACUGCAUUUCCCUGUCGAUGGCAUAAUGACUCACACCACAGAAACACACUUACGACCCAGGAAACACCGCAGCACGUUUCAUAUUUAUUUUUUGAGC